CGCUAAGAACAUCUCCGCGUCACAGAGCAAGCACCAGCAGGCAAAGCCGUUGAGUUCUCUCUGCCGAAAUGGCGUUUCGCAUCUUCGUCGGCUGCUGCAUUUUCGGCGUGGGAUGGUACGCGGUGGACAGGGUGCGGCCCGGACUGCUCCAGCAGAUCGACGUUGCCGGCAAGAUCGCAGCCCUCCGCACUUCAGCGGUCCCUGCAAUCGAGGUCAAGGAAGGGAAGGACACAAAGGACACUGCCGUCCAGGGCACCAGCGUUGGUGAAUCCGGCUCAGCGACUCAAGGCCAUGUGGCACCUGCCAGUGAUCUUGGAGUGGGAUCUAUGGAAAACAUUUAUGUCAUCGGCGCGCGCAUGUGGUCAAAUGCGCAAUCCCUGUGCGAGCACCUGAUGGAUACACUGGUCCCCACUGACUUGCAACGUCGGCUCCGAGCCGCCUGGACAGCUCUGCAAGGCGUGGAGUGGACGGCAAUCAUUCGCAGUGAAAAGGCGCGAGUGCUGAUGGCGUCGAUUGUGUGCUUCGCCGUCUCAAGGUUAUUUUGUGGAGGCUGCGCCGAGGCGAACCCAAGCGAUGACGACACAUCGCCAGGGAACACCGCUCCUGCCACAGCUGCCGGCUGGAAAUCCAUCUUUAGCAUCUUAAGUAUGGCUCGUGGAAGGUUCUUUGGUUACCGGUAUGAAGGCGGCCACAUCUGCCCGAGAGGAAAAGCCGCCGACCAGUUGUUGCGGGAAGGUGUGGCGGCCGCGGUGAUUCAGCGCUGGUUUCGCACCGAGUUCAAACGAUGGCUUCGAAACGGCACGCCGUCUCGGCUCCGCGUGGCUACAUCGCCGUCGAGCAGCCAGCGCUGGAUCGACGAAGACUACGGCGCCGUAUUCGGCACGGUGCUCGAAGACCCCAGUGUUAGCGCCGACGCACUGGGGCCUCCAGGCGCUGAGCAUUGCUCCGAAGACGAGCUUUUCUCCUACGGGAAGCGCCCCUCGGAAAGCAGUGACCAAGGUGGCGAAGAGGAAGCAUCGCUUCGAGUUCGCGAGUGCCGAAAAGCACUUCCGCCUUCCUCGGCGAAGCUUCCGAAGGCUGUGCUUAGGUUGAAAUCACCCGUAGUGCAGCGGGGUAAAAAGAGCGUGGCAUCGAUCAACCCUUGAAUUUCGUAUGUGCAGGUUACAAUGUUUGCGCAAUUAUUUUACUGGUCGAUGAUAAAUCGCGGAUAAAUCACGAAAUUCUCGCAACAACAUUACUUCGCUUUGUUAGUUAUAAAAGUAAUAUAUUUUUAUUCCUUU